AUGAAGGCCAUCCAGGCUCUCCUCCUCGCCGCUCUCGGCUCCGUUGUCGAUGCCCACUACAUCUUCAACAUCCUGGUAGUCAACGACCAGGUCGUCGGUGGCGAGUACGACUACUUCCGCCGCAACAGCAACUCGUACAACCCGGCCUUCCCCGACAUCGUCAGCACCGACGAGCUCCGCUGCAACGUCGGCGCCAAGCCCGGCAACGUCAAGACCUACGAGGUCAACGCCGGAGACAAGAUCGGCUUCAAGAUCUUCAACCGCGAGACCAUUGAGCACCCCGGUCCCGGCUUCGUCUACAUGUCCAAGGCCCCCACCGACGUCGCCACCUACGACGGUUCCGGUGACUGGUUCAAGGUUAUGGAGACCGGCCUCUGCGGCGGUGCUCCCAACCAGGACGGCGCCUGGUGCUCGUGGCAAAAGGACCGCCUCGAGUUCGUCAUCCCCGAGAAGGUGCCUCCCGGCGAGUACCUCGUCCGUGUCGAGCACAUCGGCCUCCACGAGGGCUUCAAGGACCGUGCCCAGUUCUACAUCGAGUGCGCUCAGCUCAAGAUCAACGGCCCCGGUGGCGGCACCCCCGCUCCCCUCGUCAAGAUCCCCGGCAUGUACGCUGCCAGCGACCCCGGUAUCCGAUACGACAAGUGGAGCUCCAACCCCGCUCCCUACGUCAUGCCCGGCCCCGCGCUCUGGGACGGCAACUAA